AUGAAUGACGCCGAGAACAGCGCCCACCUACCCCCUCCCNNGCUCCUGGUCCUCGGACUGGUCUGUGGCGUCCAGCAGAUCCGGUGCAGUUCGUCGGACAGCGGCCGGGGCGGCGCCAGGACCCAGGAAUUUGAAAGCAGUGAAGACGGCCUAGAGAGGGAGUUCCUGUACGCCGGGCGGAGUCGGCGUUCCCCCGGUGAGCAGCAGCAGCAGCAGCAGGACAAGUGCUCCUACACUUUCAUCGUGCCUCAGCAGAAAGUGACCGGCGCCAUCUGCGUCAACUCCAAGGAGCCGGAGGCGCUGCUGGAGAACCGGGUCAACAAGCAGGAACUAGAACUUUUGAAUAUAGAGCUCCAGAAACAGAAGCGGCAGAUCGAGACGCUGCAGCAGCUGGUGGAGGUGGACGGAGGGAUAGUCAACGAGGUGAAGCUCCUGAGGAAGGAGAGUCGCAACAUGAACUCCAGGGUGACUCAGCUGUACAUGCAGCUGCUCCAUGAGAUCAUCAGGAAGAGGGACAAUGCCCUGGAACUGGCCCAGAUGGAAAACAAGAUCCUGAACCAGACGUCGGAGAUGCAGCAACUGACCAGUCGAUACAAAGACCUGGAGCACAAGUACCAGCACCUGGCCUCGCUGGCCACCAACCAGUCCGGCGUCAUCACCCAGCUGGAGGAGCAGUGUCAGAGUCGACCCCCGUCUCGUCACUUCCCCGUGCCUCAGCCGCAGCCCCGACCUCAGCCGCCCCCACCCCCCCCGCCCCCGAACAAGCCACCACUGACACAGACCAGUCCAUUCAAGGACUGUCUCCAUGCUCUGGAGGAGGGCCACAUUUCCAGCGGCAUGUACCUGGUGAAGCCGGCCCACGCCAACCGCCUGAUGCAGGUGUGGUGCAACCAGAGGCACGACCCCGGAGGCUGGACGGUGAUCCAAAGGAGGGUGGACGGCUCCGUCAAUUUCUUCAGAAACUGGGAGACGUACAAGCAAGGCUUUGGCAACAUCGACGGCGAAUACUGGCUGGGCCUGGAGAACAUCUACUGGCUGACCAACCAGGGCAACUACAAGCUGCUGGUCACGCUGGAGGACUGGUCCGGCAGGAAGGUCUUCGCCGAGUACGCCAGCUUCAGAGUGGAGCCGGAGGCCGACUUCUACAAGCGGGGGGUGGGGCGUUACCACGGCAACGCCGGCGACUCGCUCACCUGGCACAACGGCAAACAGUUCACCACGCUCGACAGAGACCACGACGCCUACACAGGUAACUGCGCCCACUACCAAAAAGGAGGUUGGUGGUACAAUUCCUGUGCCCACUCAAAUUUGAAUGGGGUCUGGUACAGGGGGGGGCACUAUCGGAGUCGGUACCAAGACGGGGUCUACUGGGCUGAGUUCAGGGGCGGAGCCUACUCCCUGAAGAAGGUGGUCAUGAUGAUCCGCCCCAAGAACGAGAACGGGAACGAGAACGAGAACGGGAACGAGAACGGGAACUACGAGAACGAGAACGGGAACGGGAACAGUUCUUACUGUGCUGAGGGGACAACGUCCCAGCAUGCACCAGGACAACGGUGCAGCACAAUUCUGCUGGAGAGUCAUGGCACCUUCUUCAGCCUGGCUGACGAUGACGCAGCUGACGGAGACUUUGUCCCCGAUCCAAACCGUCAGCAAGGGAUUUUUACUGUUAAGUAUCAAGGCUUCGUGAAUAUUCUCCGGGAGUUGAGCAACACGACACUGAGUUCUGGGCUAUGA